AUGGGUCAUUGGCAUUUCUUUAAACAUGGUUGUAAUCUCAAUGAUGAAAUAAGUACUCCUAUUGGGAUUUUAAUGGAAGAAUCAGGUGAUGCCAUUGAAAUAUUACUUUUUGGAUUUCGUAUUCAACAUUAUGGUCCUUCCGAUCCAAAGUUUCUUGUAGGUAUACUGAACCAGCUUUAUUUUACAAUAAAUAUACUACUUAGGAUAAUCGAUUCUGUCCGAAGUUUUUCAGAAAUAAAUAGUGCUAGUGAGAAAACUUCUUAUCAAUAUUUCAACUUGAUAGGUCAAAUUAAAUGGAGGUUCUAAAUGACAUUCACAAAGAUCUGUAUAAGUUUUGCACAAGAAGAGAGUCAACAUUUGGAGCGCUUCAAAAUUCGUUUCCAUGUCAUUUUAAUGACUCUUUCAGUAGAU